AUGGCGAAGGUGCCAUCGGCAGAAGAGAUGCUGGCGCUCGUGGAUGCCACGACAGGACCCAAUGGGACCAUGGAUCCGACCAUGCAAAGUUUAUGGAUACAGCUGCAAGAACAACAUGCGCUGAAUCAAGCUCAAGGCCACGGGUCCCAUCGUCGUGGGGCUUGCCCAAAUACCGAAACAGCAGCGACGGCGACAGCUGUGAUUCGAUCGUCUGGACUUGACAAGACAACGGGUACUUCUGGAGUGGCGGCACUUGCACGUGUCCCCGUUUUGCCUCCAGAACUAACGUCAACGUCGACUGCCUUGAAACGCAAAAGCAUUCCAUUGAGUAUGAAGAAAGAGGCGAUCGAGUGGAUCAUGGGUCCUGGCAACGGGAUCCCGUCCCGGGCCGAAAAGCACUUUGGCUGGGACGUCAGUGCGUCGUCGUUUCGCAAGUGGUGGAAGAAUCGGGACAACAUCUUGAAAGAUUUGGGCCGCAAGAAGCGCAUUCGAGGGGGCGGACGAAAGCCGUACUUGGAAGAUUCCGAGGAGAAGCUGCUGGUCGUGGUGAUCCAAGAACGAGCAAAGAAAGACCGAGUGACUAGAAAGUGGAUCGCCAAGACAGCGCAGCACAUGUUCCAGCGCUCGAGUACUAAUUUCAAAGCUUCGGAAAACUGGGUGACAAAGUUCAUUCGACGGAACAAUCUGACGCUGAAGAGGAGCUGCGUCACGUACGAACCGCCACAGCAAGCGUGCUUUGAACCGCAGCAAAGCGGGACGCUGCAAAACUCUUCUUCUACGGCAACUUCGGAUGCAGGCACCACGUAA